GCCAACGACUUACCCAUCGAGGCACCGUGGGUCCCUAAAAAUCCCUAAAGAUGUUAUUAGAUUUUAUGGCAGGGUAAGUGAACAAAACAAAUAUUGUUAUAGAGAAAUGAAACAACAUGUAUUGUUUAAUUUCAAUUAGAAUGCAACUGAUGAUUUUUUUAUGGAUCCAGAUUAUCUGAUCCCCGUUUCACAAAACAUUCUCAAAACUCAAGUUAAGAAUUUACUCAAAACUCAAGUUAAGAAUUUACUCAAAACUCAAGUUAAGAAUUUACUCAAAACUCAAGUUAAGAAUUUACUCAAAGGACAAGUUAAGGAUUUCUCAAAAUUGUUUGCCUUUUUUUUAAACUAAAAUAUAGCCCUUUAUAAAACUCGUGUUGUUUUAAUGUAACAAUACAUCAAUAAGAAACUAUGUGCAAUGUUUUAUGUUUCUGGAUCAAAGAUAUUUCUCAUAAACAGUGAUUGAAAGUUGAUUUAUUCUUAACUUGAUUCUGAGAAUGCUUUGUGAAACCGAGGACGGAACCUAUACCAUAAAACAUUUAAUGUAGGAAUAUUUGUAUUUAAAAAAAAAAAAAAAAAAAAAAAUCAUCUAACUAGAAUGUUAAAUUUAGUCUAAUUGACAAAAGUUUUUAUUUCACCCAAAUCAAAAUGGUUGUCCUCCUUUUUAAAAUGUGCAAGAAUCCUGGAUUAUCAGAUAUUUUAUUUUUAUCAUUUACUUUUUUGCAGUAUCCUGAAUAGAAAUGAAGGCAAACCACCCAUGACUUUUAAAAGAUUUCAGUCAAUUUUAAGGGAACUUGACCCUCCAAAUAAACCAUUGGACACAAUCACGGAAAAACUCGUAUCUAAAUCAAAAACGCCGAUAUCAAAUGACCAUGAUGAAAAAUACGGCGUGCCUAAUCUAGAAUUACUAGGGUUUAAUUGUGAAAAUUUGAGUAAAACAAGUUUUAAGGGAGGAGAAACGGAAGCAUUAAAACGACUUCAUCGACAUUUGGAGAGGAAGGCGUGGGUAGCAAGUUUUGAGAGACCAAAGAUGUGUCCGCAAUCGUUGAUGCCAAGUCAAACAACAAUUAGUCCAUAUUUACGAUUUGGUUGUUUAUCAGCACGAUUGUUUUACUGGCAGCUUCAAGAACUUUUCAAAAGGGUAAAACGAGGAGUAGAACCUCCUAUAGCCAUGCACGGUCAGUUAUUGUGGCGAGAAUUCUUCUACACAGCAGCGACAAAUAAUCCUAAGUUUGACCAGAUGAAUGGUAAUCCAAUGUGUAUACAAAUACCGUGGGAUAAAAAUCCAAAAGCUGUAGCUAAAUGGGCUGAGGGUUUAACUGGUUUUCCCUGGAUUGACGCCAUUAUGGUUCAAUUGAAGAAAGAGGGCUGGAUCCAUCAUCUAGCAAGGCAUGCAGUUGCUUGUUUUCUAACACGGGGAGAUCUGUGGCUCUCCUGGGAAGAAGGAAUGAAGGUAUUCGAUGAGUUGUUAUUGGAUGCUGAUUGGUCAAUCAACGCUGGUCUUUGGAUGUGGUUAUCCAGUAGUAGUUUUUUCGCCCAGUUUUUUCAGUGCUAUUGUCCAGUGUCGUUUGGCAAACGUGUUGAUCCUUCAGGCGAUUUCAUACGUCAGUAUCUUCCAGUAUUGAAAGCUUUUCCCCAGGAAUACAUAUAUGAGCCUUGGAUGGCGCCGGAAACGGUGCAGAAAUCGGCUAAAUGUAUUAUCGGAAAAGAUUAUCCUUUACCCAUGGUGAAUCAUAAAAAAGUGAGCUAUAUUAAUUCCGAGAGAUUACGCCAAGUUUAUCAUCAUCUUACCACCAGAGCAUCAGUUUCAUUUCAUAAUCAGAAGAAUGUGCGUCAGUUUUUCUUCAGUCGAACCUUGAAGCCAAUCUUAUCAUCGAGUAACUCAUAAUAAUGGUUUAACGGAUCGUGUUGAAUCCAGGUAGCAAGAGGAUCAAUAUAUCAUCAUCAUCAGUAUUGUCUCACAACAACUCCAUGACCAUGACACAUUUGGGUUAUUUUAGAAAUUCCAAAUUAACUGAUCCUGUUAUUUCGUGUUUCCUAGGUUCGUGAUAUACCAACGAAAGUGAGGACUUUAAAUUUGUGUGGAGAUAAUACUGAUGUCAUUUGGAGAUCUGAUAUCAUUUGGAGAUAACACUUUCAUUCGGAGAUAAAACCGAUAUCAUUUGGAGAUAACACCGAUAUCAUUUGGAGUUAACACUUUCAUUCGGAGAUAAAACCGAUAUCAUUUGGAAAUAAUACCGAUAUCAUUUGGAAAUAAUACCGAUAUCAUUUGGAAAUAUCACUGAUAUCAUUUGGAGAUCUAUACUGAUAUCAUUUGGAGAUAAAACUGAUAUCAUAUUGGAGAUAUCACUUUCAUUCGGAGAUAAAACCGAUAUCAUUUGGAAAUAACACUGAUUUCAUAUUGGAGAUAACACUGAUAUUAUUCAGAGUUCUACGCUGUUGUCCGUGACAUUAUUUUUAAGGAAAGUGGUCGGUAAAUCCAGCUUGCCAACUUACUUAAUAUUUAUUUGCUAGUAUAAACACCCAUUAGGAGCAAGACUAUAGGGUAACAAUGACACAUAACAUCGUACAGGUCUUAGAAAAACCUUGAAAAAUCUUGACUUUAGGCCUUGUAAAGUUGGUCAAUUAAAUAAAAAUUCAUGGAAAGUGAUAGCCAUGAAUUUACAGGUACCGGUAUUUAUUUUUGUAGGUUGACCGUAAUUUUAAAAUCAUGUGUUCGUGAAUAAUCGUUGUCUUGCCAUAUAAUUAAGGAGAUGAUUUGAACCCAUCAAGAGAAGAGUAGUUUCAAACAGAGAAGUCGAGAAACCCACAAGUAGAAAUAGUACAGAUUAAAUGUCUUAAACUUCACUGAUUGUCAUUUGUUGUUUCCAGAAUCUUUCUUGGCUUAAUCCAUUCUAAAUUAUACCCAAGGGUUAGGGUUAGGUAACAAAAUUGAUAUUUAAACCGGCGUUAUCCAAGAGCUAUAUCUGCCUAAUGCAGGUCUUUCUUUUGGCUUUUUGGGGGGUUGGAUGGCCGAAUGGUUAGUGCAUGCGCAUUGUAUCAUGAGGUCUGUCAUUGAAUAAACUGGCAUGGUUUUGAUUUCCCAGUUGUACAUGACAAGGAGUAGGGUCGCUUGUCCAACCUUUUUUGGUUUUUGCCGGGUCCUCCGGUUUCCUCCCACUGCUAAAGACCCCUACAGACAAGCAAAUUUUUUAAAUAGAAUUGAACCAUGUGUUAGUCCCGAGAUUACCUAGUUUGUGUGAAGUGGAUGUUAUACCCCAUUUCUCUCUCUCCUCAUAGUCUACUGUCCCGCCUUCAUUUGCCAUCUUCACCCCUUGGGAAACUUUUUGGCGACAAGCAAAUUUUUUAAAUAGAAUUGAGCCAUAUGUUAGUCCCGAAAUGAUCUAGUGUGUGUCGAGUGGACAAACAAAUGAAAGAGCGGCAAUAGGCAGAUUUUUCUCUUACAUAAUGCCUCCUUAUAAGGAAACAAACUUAACAUGUUAAGGGGAGAUAAUCUUCCAGUUGAGUUUGGAUUCAGUCAGGUUAAAUAGAUAUUCAUCAAAAGAUCUCAGUGAAAAUUGUAGGUGGUCGAACUGGUUUUCACCUUAUCCUGUUCAUAUAAUCUGGGGAGGAUGUCGAAGGUUAAAAAAGUUUAAAUUCAUCAUAUCUUUGUAAUUAUUGAAUUGAAUAAUUAUUUAAGUGACUGCAUCCUUUUUAAAAACAUUUGAAGAGCCCCAGGGGAGAACGAUCUAAGUCACUUUUUCAAUGAACCCCAGUUAAUGGCGCCAUCUGAUAGCAAAUUGUAUAAGCUUUCUGUGGAACAAUCAAUUUCAGGUAAAAAUGAUCGGAGUCACAUCGAACCAAGGCCCUUCCGAAAUGGCCUCCCGGUCAAAUACGUCCAUUGUACCCUUUAUUUGACCUUAAUUUGGAAGUCAGUUGUUGUACUGGUAAUUAUGAUUUGUAUUAAACAUCUUUUUGAAGUUGUAAUUGAACCCACUCGCUGUUCUGUUCACGUCAAGCAUUCUCGUCCAAAAGUCUGUCUUGCCUUUUAUCCGAAAAGACAAAAAUGUGACUUAGAUCAAUCUUCCCCUCGACUCUUCAUUUUAAUGACUGAAAUUGAACUAUUUCUGGACUGAAAUUCCUUUAUGGCCAAUCUGAUUACAAUACAGAUCUAUAUUUCAUUUCGUUUUUUUUAUACUUUUGAUGGCCUACACUACAUGAAGAUCUGACCGGUUGUAAUGGAAGGUCAUGUCAGAGGUCAUAUGAGUGGCUUUUGACCCUAUGACGUCAGACAUUCGAUUAAUCAAUCAGCGUUGAUGUUUCUAGUGGGUUACCCAAAGUUCUGUGCGCCUCACGCCAAAAACUCGCCAUAACAGACAGUUUUAUUGGCUAAUCCCUUACAUUAAUCAUAAUGCGGGUUAUAUAACAACUCUACAAGACCCUACAAGACAAGUAAAAUGAAAUUUUGAACUAUAAAAAAACGAAACGAAAUAGGAUCUGUGUUUUAAACCGAUUGGUUUAGGGGUUCAAAAUAAUUCUGCAAAUGACGGGUCACUGGCUUUAAUUUAUGUAAAAGUAAACAUUAAAGAUGCAUUAUUUAAGAGCUAAAUCUGCCGAAUAAAAAUCUUUCUUUUGCCCUCAAAUAUUAUAUAAAUCAUUAAUUAGACAUUUAUUCACAUGCCAAGUGACCAGCAUAUAAUCAGCUCACUAAAUCUGGUGGUCAAUCUAAUCCAAAUAAAUCUCUGCCAUCUGAUGGUCUAGAGAGUGGAUUAUGGGCUUGUUAUGUUAAUAAAUGUCUAAGAAAUAGUUUUUAUAACAUUUGAAACCAAAAACCUGCAAUGGGCAGAUUAGCUCUUACAUAAUGCAUCUUUAAUUUUGUGCAGUGGGCAGGCCAAAGAUAUUUUAAUGUAUAAAAGUUAUUAAUUUAUCAAUACUAUUUAUUUUAUUGCUUCAUGUUGCCAUAAUGGCGUGCAGAGGUGGGGUGGUGCUGCCUGGGACAAACUCCUUGAUAGUAUGCUCCCUAGAUUCAAGUAUAGGACCAACUCCUUGAUAGACCCCAAGACUCAAGUAUAGGACCAACUCCUUGAUAUUAUGACCCCAAGACUCAAGUAUAGGACCAACUCCUUGAUAGACCCCAAGACUCAAGUAUAGGACCAACUCCUUGAUAGUAUGCUCAAAAGACUCAAGUGUAGAGAUUCACAGCGAUACAAAACAAAAAAGCUUGUUUUUCCGAAUAGCCGCUUUUAACACCUAUGCUGAUUUGUCAAUUGAUUGACUGUCAUCAUAGGACGAAAAAAAGUUGCUUGUAUGACCCCCGACGCACCCCCCACCCCCAUUACCACUUGUCAGAUGUUCAGGUAGUGGAGCAAUCGAAAUCAUAUAAAAAUGAAAUGAAAUAUAGAUCUGUAUUUUAAGAUUGUUAGAUAUAAGAUUAUAAAUAGGACCCUUACUGCACAUAUGCGACAGUUGUACAUGUGAUGACAGUCAGCCAUAUAAGCGAGAGAGAGAGGGAUGGGCUUUAUCGACCACUCGACAUAAACUGUUUCAUUUUGGGAGUAACACUUAAUUUUCCGUUCUUCCAGAUCAUCUUUUCACAUUUUCCUUCUUUGUGAAAAAAGUGGUUGGGUGAAUUAGAGGUUUAACGCGUACGCUUGAAAUCAUAAGGUCUGUCAUUGAGUCCUGGGGUUUUGAUUCCCCGCUUUACAUGACAAGGAGUAGGGUCACCUGUCCAACCUCAUGGGUUUUCAGCUAGUCCUCCUGUUUCCUCCCACUGCUAAAGACCCUACGAGCAAGUGAUUUAUUGAAAUAAAAUUGAACCAUAUGUUAGUUCCAAAAUGACCUAGUUUGUGUCGAUUAGACAUUAAACCCCAUUUCUCUCUCCCUGGAAUCGAAGAUGCAUAGGUAGAAAGUCUGCUGUCCAGCCAAAAUUUUACAUACCUUUAACCAUGUUCAUCUCAGAAUCAUGGGAAUGUAUCACCGUAACCCAAGUAUCGUUUAAUCUUGUGUAUCUAGCACUAAUUUCUUUCACAUUCGUUUAAUAUCAAAUCUUUGUUUAAAAAUCACCGUAACCCAAGUAUCGUUUAAUCUUGUGUAUCUAGCACUAAUUUCUUUCACAUUCGUUUAAUAUCAAAUCUUUGUUUAAAAUCACCAUAAAUCGUUUAAUUCGUAUUUCUGUCCAGUUUAAAGAUGACCAUUUAAUUUUGAUAAUGAGUGUCUAAUUUACAAGUGUUUAAUUUCUCAAUCAUUGUUAAAAAAUAAACAACCCAAUUGAUUAAUUAUGUAUAAUGAUUAAUUUUUGAACUGUGAUCAGGAAAUCAAAUACUUGUAAAUUGGACACUCAUUAUCAAAAUUAAUCAGUCAGCUUUAAACUGGACACAAGUACAAAUUAGAUGAUUUUUGGUGAUUUAAACAAAUGAUACUUGGGUUACAGUGUAUUCUAUUGAUGAACUGUCCGAAUUCAUUCCAUUUAAAUCUUGUUUUUAUUUUCAUUUUGUUUGUAAAGUUGACCAUCGUUCAAUCUUGCUUUGAAUUUUCUAUGUGCAUUCAGAUGACUUACGCGAAGAAUUUCCAUUAUUUACUUCUAGAGUUAUUGCCCUUGCUCACUUUGUACAUCAUUGUCUAUUUUACUUAAUAUUUGUGUUCUUUGUUUUAAUAGAAUCUUGUUCUACUUAAUGAAUACUUUUGGAGUUAUUGCCCUUUUCUAUGUGAUAAAAUCUUGUUCUACUUAAAAUUUUGUGUUCUUUGCAAUAAUUAACAACAGUAUCUAAUGAAUACUUUUAGAGUUAUUGCCCUUUUUUAUGUUGUAGAAUCUUGUCAGUGUGCUAAUGAUAUCAGGGUUAGAUCUAUUAGUUGAGGCCAACUCAAUUUUCGGUAAAAUCGCUGAGAUCUAAAUAAGGAUAAGGCACGGGAUUGUUGGUGAGAUUGUAGAUUAGGGUAAGCAUAUGGGCUAGGUCCAGGGUUAGGGUUGGGAUUAGCGCUAGCCCUGUUUACAUCUCAUGACCUUUGACCAAACUUGAAGUUGGCCUUAUCUAAUAGAUCUUACCAUGAUUUUGUUUAUUAUUAACCGAAAUGUGACAAACUUUAUGAACUUUUCAGACAAAUUAACUACUUUGUAUGUUUCAAUGCCUUGCAACCUAUCUUUUUAUUAUUAUUAUCAUUGCAAAAUUUUUAUGGAGAUGACGUUUUAACUGAAAAUACUCUGAUCUGAUGUGCUUUAGGGGUCCACCGUAAAACAAAUAACCUACGGAGCUAGGUGGGUGAAUUGAAUGACACCAUGGAUAAAAAUGAUCAAUUAAAUUUGGUUAUUUUGUCUUGAACCUGCAUCAAAAUCCAUCUGUGUCAACAUUUUCUUACACUGACGGCACGGAUGGUUAGAUGGUUGGGUGGCUGAAAAUCUAUUUGCAGGUUAUUUGUUUAGACGCAAGUGUUAAAACAUUGCGACGCUCCCUUGAAUAGCCAUAGUAGGUCAUCAGGGAUCGACCCAGGGGACCUACGGCACGGAAACCGGUCAUGACGACGUGAAUCGAAAUAAAUCGAUAAUAAUCGGCCUCCUGGGACUUCAUGUGUCCUAGAGCAAUGUACCGGUUACACCCCCCUUCUCUCUCCUUGGGCCUACUGUGCAUUACGGAACAUAUAACUUAUUUGUAAAUACUGUGUGUUCUAUGGACCGUGUGUGUUGAUGUCUGUGAUUGCCUUAUAUUCAGUGCUUUAACAUACAUAUAUUUUCUAUACAUGUACAAUAUUUUCUCCAUCCCAAAUUGUCUCCGCCUCAUCUUCAACAAGUAUCGCCUGGCCAACCGCGUGGGUUUCUCUACGUUCAAGUGAAUUAUUUAAAUAAAUUUGCUCUAUGUGUUAGUCCCAAAAUGACCUAGUUUGUGUUGUAUGGACUUUAAACUCCAUUUCUCUCUCUCUGUCUCUCUUAAUCUGUCUUCGUUGUAAAUGUUAUAAUUGGGGUGUUGGGAUGGCCCAGUGUUCUUGAGUGUCGCACUUCAAACUUUAGCUGGCUGGCCAAUUCUGACUUGCGGUCGUGGCUUGGAGAUAGGAGCGCCAUUACACCCUCAUGGGUUUACCGCACAGAAAAGUCCCCUGCAUGUGCGCUACGCAUAAUAAAAUAAAACUUGUCUGCGAUUUCACCCUCAGUGGAAGCGGAUGUAGAAGAAAAAUAUGAUAAAAUGUAGACAGGGUCGACAGGGACUUAGUGAGUAAGGCGCUAACUCACUAACCAGGCGAUCACAAGUUUGAUUCCAGUGUUUGUCGUAAAGUAUUUGGGAUUGUCCCAUCUGGUUUCCCUUUGUCGGUUGUGCAGGAAGGAGUGAUGUCCCUUUGUCGGUUGUGCAGGAAGGAGAGAUGUCCCUUUGUUGGUUGUGCAGGAAGGAGUGAUGUCCCUUUGUUGGUUGUGCAGGAAGGAAUUAUGUCCCUUUGUCGGUUGUGCAGGAAGGAGUGAUGUCCCCUUGUCAUUGGUGCAGGAAGGAGUGAUGUCCCCCUGUCGUUGGUACAGGAAGGAGAGCUUAGCAAGGAAGACCUAGUCGUUCAGAUAGGACACAAAAUUAGUUCUUGUGUAGACAUUGGUGCUCUCGUAUAAAAACCCUCUCGUAGCACCCUGUUUGGUGUUUGUCUGUCUUCAUUAACCCAGUUGGUGCAGGACAGUCGGACGUUUAACAAAAUUGGGACAAUAAUGGUUGUCAUGGAAACAGAGACAAUGUGGUAGAACACGACUAGGAUUAAAACUUGUUGUAGAACACAACUAGGAUUAAAACUUGUUAUAGAACACAACUGGGAUUAAAACUUGUUAUAGAACACGACUGGGAUUAAAACUUGUUAUAGAACACGACUGGGAUUAAAACUUGUUAUAGAACACGACUAGGGUUAAAAUUUGUAGAACACGACUGGGAUUAAAACUUGUGUGUUUUUGUUUUAUAAAUAUAUUUGGUAAUCCCUGUGAAACAUUGUUAUAUUUUACAAAUGGGUUCACUAGUUUCCGGGUCUACUAAUGAGUAGUCUCUAUCAUCCAGACAAAUAUUCUGUAAAUAUUAACCUGCAUAAUAGGUCAUUGGUUAGAUUAACCGGUCUUUUACAUUAUCAUGAACAAAGUCUAAGGGAGGUAACUAGCCCUAAAACAAGAUGUUGACACCCAUGAAAUUAAUUUAAGAAUUGCCAUUUCAGAAAAUCUAUUUGCUUUGCCAGUUCAAUACCCAACACUCCUAGUUUUUUUUAUUGUAAAAUUUCUCUCUUCAUGGGCCAUAUCUAUGUCUUUUAAUCCUAAUUCAUCGUCACAAUUCAUGUUUGUUUAUAAUAAUGCAUGAAUUAUGGGAUUUAUUUCGAGAAGGGGCAUAACUCUUACUUGACAUGGUGAAAUAUACUGGAUAAUCAACCACAUAAAAAAACAAACUCCCAGUUACGCAUGGGCAAUGGAACUUUUUGUCACACAACAAUUAGAGGUUAGGGUUCUGGGUGACCAAGACUAACCCACUGGUACGCUAUAUAACACCAAUACUAGGUUUCCACUGUCGUGCGAUGCGUUACGCUAGGAUUGUCCCUAUUGAGUCCAUGAUCUGGUUCGGGUAUGUUUCGAUACGAUCAACUGACCACCUGAUGGGAUCACCACGAUUACUCCACAUUUAUAACCACGAUUUUCAUCAUAGCGUGAAUCGUGAUAGUGGGAAGCUAGCAUUGCACAUGAUCUAACUAUGCUAGACAAUAUAGUAUAAAUUUAGGUACCUUCCCAAUAACACUAACUGGUGAACUAGUUCCCGGGGGUAGGGUGCUGUAGUGACAAGAAGGCCGCAUGUCUAACCUUGUGGGUUUUCUCCGGGUCUUCCAGAUUCCAUCCACUGGUAAAACACCCCUACCCUUAAGUGAAUUAUUGAAAUAAAAUUUAACAAUAUGUUGGUCCCAAAAUGACUUAGUUUGUUUCGCGUGGACAUUAAACGUCAUCUCCUUUGUAGUCUAAAUAACUUUAAUAUAGUAUAAAUUUAGGUACCUUCCCAAUAACACUAACUGGUGAACUAGUUCCUGGGGGUAGGGUGCUGUAGUGACAAGAAGGCCGCAUGUCUAAUCUUGUGGGUUUUCUCCGGGUCUUCCAGAUUCCAUCCACUGGUAAAACACCCCUACCCUUAAGUGAAUUAUUGAAAUAAAAUUUAACAAUAUGUUGGUCCCAAAAUGACCUAGUUUGUUUCGCGUGGACAUUAAACGUCAUCUCCUUCGUAGUCUAAAUAACUUUAACGUAGUUUGUUUCGCGUGGACAUUAAACCUCAUCUCCUUCGUAGUUUAAAUAAAUUUAACCCGAGAGCUAGUGAACUUUUGUAGUAUUACUAAUAUUUUAUUUUAUGCUGUUUUUUGUCUUCAAAGUUUAUAUAUUUAAAUAAGUUCAUGUAGGUUGUGUUGAGUCAUUGAAUGUGAGGGGUGGGGGUGGGGGGGGGGUGCGGCGGAGUUCAAGCAUCACCCCCCAAAAUGUACUAUUUUUUAAGUGAUUUUAGUAAAACAUAUUUGAUUCAUGUAUUGUAUAGGUGAAUAUGUAUAUUAUAUAUAUGUAGGUUGCAAAAAGAUUUUAAAUUUUAAAUUUACAAGGAAUUUAAAUGGUGCUAUUUAUUUUUUAUUUGGUAGAUGGUUCGGUUAAAGUGGCAUUAGGUAAGAUGAGAUAAAGAGCUGACAGUUCUUGCUAUAAUAGGUUAAAAAAUAGAUAACAAAAAGAGAAUAUGCUGAAUAUUUCAGUAAAAUUACUUCACUCUGUUAUUAGCGAUAGGAAUUUGGCGAUACAAUAACACUGUAGCCUUGAUUGUCAUGCUACCGUUGUUCCGAUAAUAAACAAAGUCUUGAUUAUCCAUUUUUACAGUAAUCGCAUUGGCCACAAAACAUAUUUAAAUCAACUUAACAUCGGAGCGAUCCGAUGGCAUCGAGAGUUGAUCAUGGUCUUGGUAAGUUAAUUAAUGUCUAAUUAAUAGUUUAGAUAACAUUGUAGGCCUAAUGUGUGUUUAAUGUUUGAAUUAUAGAUGUUGGAACUUACCAUACUUUUCUAGAGUCGCACAUUUCCUUCAGGAAAAUUGUUAAUUAUUCCGGCAAAUUCUUAAAGGUACAUUAUGUAAGAUUUAGAUAAAGAAUUAGCCAUUCUUGCUAUAAUAGUUCGAAAGUAGAUGAUGUAAAAUGAAUAAUUUGAAAAUUUCAUUCCAAUUACUCUAUUGCAAGCGUGUGGACAAUCUAAGACAUUGCAAUUUUUAUUUAAUUUUGAAGAAUUUCAAAAUGUAUGUUAAAAUUCCAAAGAUCUUGUUUCCUUUUGAUAUUGUUGCAUGUUGGAACGUAACUUCCCGGAUUAUGGCCCCUGAUUGUGAGAAAAAAAACAACACUUGUUGUUAGCUUGUUCUCUGUCCAUCUCUUGCAAAAUGUGGGGCAUAUCUUGCAUGGCAAUUGUUUGUUAAGUGACACAGGAGAAGCUGAGGACAAGAAUAGUUUGUUGUUUUUUGUCUAACUAUAUCAGACACUCGCCCACGUAACUCCAAGUAACUAAGCCAAUUUAUGAUAAAUUUGUAGUCAUAUUAGUGAUUGGAGGAAUUUCAUCUCACUAUAGGUAAUGUGUUUGUUCCAUCACAACCCCUUCCCCACCCCUAAUUGUAUAUUUAUGGUCAAUUUGCACUUAAAAUGUGGAAUAAAGAUUACUAAAUGUUAUUUUGAUAUCAUGAAAAUUGUAAUUGUUUAAUAAAUAUUAAAAUAUG